AACAAUUCGUGCGAGAGUCUCCGUCGUCGUCGUCGUCAUCAGUUCGUGGCGCGUGUUUUCAACCGCUAAAAACGUGGAUGUGUGUUGAUGAUGAUACGAGGAUGAUACGACGAUGAAGUGAGUUCGCUGUGUUGUGCUCUUCUUAACUAGCCGUCCGGCCUUUCGUUAAACGUUGUGGGUAACAGUGAUAAUGAUGGUGUUGUGAUGCGCGCAGCCCGAUGUGUGAAAUGUGAUAGCUCAAGGGCGCUUCUCUCGGUGCGUGAAAUCUAUCUUCACAUGAAACGGCUUGUGUCCGCUUAAAAGGCGACGAAGGGAACCUUCAAAACGCGUGGAGGCUUUGACUGGAGGAAUGGAAUGUUUUUAAUCCAAAACCAGUGAGUAAGUUAAUGCGAAUCUUGUGAGACCUGUGGAAGGAGACCUUUUCACAAAAGCGGGUCAGCGAACACGAACAUCCGUCCGUUCAUGCCGUCGCCCUCCGGCAGCCCUUCCACGACUGUUAGUGAUUAAUGAGCUGAGCAAGUACAGAACGUUUCAGUUAGUCUCGGUCGUGUCGCACAUAAUUCGAUGGCCUGCUCCUAGGACCUGCUAGGGAGUAACUCUGGGAAAAGCCUUUUCCCUUCGAAAACGACGAACUACCACCGGAAGCGGCACCGAGGGUUUUGGUACCUUAGAUACGUGCGACCGAUAAAGCUCCGGUCCACCGGACGACGAACGCGAUUGUGAAAGGUGGUAGGACGAGUGACACACGAGGACCACGAAGGAAGGACCACCUGACCAUCAUUAUUGUGGUUGUGGUUGGUGUGUAAAUUCAGGUCAGCAAAGGAUGAGGACCUAGGCGAACCUAGGGCCAGUGACUGUACCGAACUCGCUGGCCACUGUUGCUGCUGCUGCUGUUGCUGCUGCUGCUGAUUGACAAUCAUUAAAUUACGGACGUCGACGGACACAUCGUCAGUCUGGUGGUGCGCGCACUCGGUAGUAACAAGCCGGUUGGUGCCGAAGGUUGGAUUUACCCCGUACGAGCAGCAGUUCCGCAGUCCGGUCGACCGAGCGAAAACAGCCUUAGUACCAUAGCAACCAUCUAACCAUCAAGGAGCUGCUGGCAGGUCUUGAUCACGUGGGCCUACUCACAGGAACAGCAGCGUACGCCUCGCCAUGAUCAUCUUCCUCUAUCUGAUACUAGUGCUGGCCUGGGCGCUGCUAAUCAUUAUCCUGAAAUGCAAGAAAGCCCGGGCAAAGCGAUUGGCCGAGCAGGACGAGCUAGCGCACGCCAAUGGACCGGUGCACGUGGUACAGAUCGGUUCGAAUCUGUACGACAUUAUGUCCCUGCACCGGGACAACUACAGCGGAGUGUACAGCUGUCUCGAGCACGGUACGAUCGCCCAGCACCGGCAUCAGCGAGCUGCCACUACCAGCGUCACACACUCCAACUCGGCCUUCGUCGGUGACGAUGGUUCCAUCUAUCCUGGCAACGGCAUGGUGACCAUGGAACCGCCGCCAUCGUACGACGAAGUGAUACGACUUCCGGCCUACUAUCCCAAGGUGGAGACAUUCGUGCCGGAAAUGGUUGUGCCACCGCCGCCGCCGACGUCGGCGACAACAACGGCGAUUUCCAGUCCACGGACCGGAUCCCUUGCAGCCGUAUCGCACCAGUACCAUCAUCACCAACCGCACUACCACCAUCACCACCAUCAUCUGCAGUAUCAUCAUCAGCAACCAUCAACUCCGCCACCGGUCGUUGAGGUACCAUCGAUGGCACCGGCCAUCAUGCCCGAUGACGAGGGUCCGGUGCAAAUAGGACCGAGCGUGACCGAUGCGCCACCGCUCGAUACGAACGGAAACCGCAUUAAAAGUGUACCGGUUGGGGUGCACCAUUGCUCCACCAACAGCACUACUACUGCAGCUGCAGCCAGUGUACAGACGCCGGCCGUAGGCUCUUAAUGGAAGGUCGUGUUGUUCUUGCUGUUGCAGCAAACCGGACAAGUGCCUAGUGCCCCAACCAAAUGCGCGCUUCGUAAUCACGUAAAUGCACGCACGAACGCACGCACAAACGCGCGCGCACAUACACACGCAUAAACACUAUCAGCAGGUCGAUCAGUAUCAGUAUCCUUUAGUCGUGGAAGUGAAGUAUGGACUGUGCGCUGGUACUCACCCCCCCAACACAAGGCGCCAUCGCAAUGUGUUUAGCAUUAUUUAUUCCCGUAAGCUUAACGUUUCUUUACUUUUAUUUUAAGUUUACGAAGGGGGCCUACACCCUAGUCCUGCUGUUUUGAAGACGAAAUAUAGAA